AUGUCAAAGGUUUCGGGAGCUAACCCCCCAGCAUACGAGCAGAUCGACAAGUCACCGGUCUUAAUCCCACCUUUGGAUCUCUCUUCUAAUGCUGGUUCACCCUCGCAUACUACAGUCACCCAGGAUGAAUGCAUAGCUCAUCUCAAGUUUUUAGCGGCCCUUGCAGAUCUACGUGAGACUGUGGCUAACAUUCAAGAUCUCUUUUGCAUCUACGAUCCAAACCCGCGUGUUUUUGACCAACUUAUCGAUGAAGCACGUGCUCGGGUUAAGGAAAAACGAUGGGCUGUGUAUACAGCAAGAGCUGUCGAGCGCUAUACAGCGUGGUGGAAGACAUGUAUUCCUUCUUCCCAUUCGCGGAUAACAAUUCAGGAUUUUAGAAGCAGCAGUUAUGGUGCCAUUACUGAGUGGGCUAAGCCACUCUCUUGGUCCCAAGGAAUGCUGCCUCCUCUAGAUGUCUUGAUGGUAUGGCAUGCACACAUGCUGAACCCCAGAGCCUUCCUUGAAGAUUGCAUUCGAGAGGGAAAGAUGAGUUUCUGGGCUGGUGGUUUCCCCUGGCAAGUAAUCAAUGCGUGCAUCAACAAUCAAACUUUUGAAUACGACGCAGGACCAACAGCAAAGCUUCUAUUUGAAGGCAAAACACGAUUUCAAUGGGGCAAUUUGCAGGACUCAUCGAAAACAUCUGUGAACUGUCCCGGCUGCAAGAAGCGUGUAUCCGUUCUUUGGACUGAUGGGAUUGUUACUGGCCCCGUGGGCAAGAUGUUUGAGGACUGGAAGGGCUUUGCGGAUAAAAGCUUUAAGGCGACAUGCCCCAUGUGUGACUUUCAAAUUGAUCACGAGAGAAUGAGAAUCGAGAAAUUCAGACGAGAUGUUCACAACUUGAUGUUCAAAUCUUUGCCAAUACCCGGUACAUUCUACAACUUUCACGGGGUACCAGAAGCACUCAAAGAGCCGAGAACCAGGCGUAAAACCCAGUCAUCAUUUCCCAAUCGCUUCAUAGCGGCUGCGGGGCCUGAACUCCUCACAUUCACAGAUGCCAGGGCGAAUGAAUGCAAGUCUCUGGAGCAACUGCGGAACAAGCUUGUAUCCAUGCUCGGCAGUAAAGACAUCAUGCGCAAAGCGGACAGCUACACAUCUUUACUGCCAGUGGAGAGGGUGGCUUUCCGUCGGAUGAUGUCUCACUACUGGGACAAUGUCACUCCCUUUGCCCUUGAUCUGGUCGGGGCAGUCAUCCGACAAGGGACCUUUGUGCAGAAAAUGGACAACAUCGACUGGCUCCACUCGCCAGCAGUUAAAGCAACAAUGACCCGCCUCAUAGACAAGUACCGUUUGUUUUUCUUUAUCAUGGCGGCCAAUCCCCGCCACAUGGCCGUUCCCACUCUAGAUGUUGAUCUCGCCUGGCACACGCACCAAUUGUCUCCUAUGAGAUACUACGCAUACUCGGCCUUCGCGACCGUGAAGGAUCGUAAGAGGCCGGUAUUCAUCAACCAUGACGACAAGGUUGAUGAGGAACAGCUCUCCGAUGGCUUUGAAUGGACCAGCAAAAUGUACAGAAAGCUCACCAAUGGUGGAAUCUACAGCGAAUGCACGUGUUGGUACUGUGAAGCCGUUCGAGCCCCGGACCUUGAUGGGAUUUUAGCCACGCCUGCUACAUCUAGAGCUCGCGAGGCUGCCGCCAAACUUCACGACCGAUCCGAUAUCUCUUCCGAUCCGGACAAGAAUCCACAUAUCUCCACCCACAAUGCUGUCCAACCGACGACGACGCUAAAUCCUGUCGAUUCUCGACAAGUCAAGUUCCUGAAGCUCCGCAGCAACUAUGACAAAGCACGCCGCCGUGCUGAGAAGCGCAAGGAUGGAAAAAAACAAGAGAAACGGUCCUCCGACGACAGUCUCGCAUAUGUUCCCUUAGUCUGGGGGUAUCCCAUCUACGUUCCGUACUAUGCGCCAUAUACAUGUGAUCCUGGGGUACACGACGGGGCCUACGUGACCAAUCCCAGCUGCAUGAGCCUCAUCCCCGGGGCACAUGGGAAUUGUGCUGCUGGCACGUGCGGGGGCGGAGUGGCCGCCGGGGGCUGUGGAGGAGCCGGGCCGUGUGGUAGCGGUGGCUGUGGCGCAGGCGGAGGUUGCGGAGGAGGAGGAGGGGGAUGUGGUGGAGGUGGUGGAGGGGGAGGAGGAUGCUGA